CCCGCCAGCCAAUCAGCGCGCCGCUGCCGCCCCGCUGCGUCACUCCGCCAGCGGCUCGGCCAAUCGGCGCCGGCGGAGCCGCGGUACAUUAGAGCGGCUGGAGCUCGCGCAGGUAGAAGACGUGCUUCUCACAGGUGCCCCCACUGAGCCGCAGGUAUGGAGGUGAACCAGACCGACAUUCUGUCCUCGGCGUUCCUCGCCGUGGAGUACGUGGACUCUCUGCUGCCGGAGAACCCCCUGCAGAUGCCGGUGAAAUCGGCAUGGAACUACAUGCUGCAGAACUACACCAAGUUCCAGAUCGCCACCUGGGGUUCCCUCAUCGUCCACGAGCUGGUCUACUUUCUCUUCUGCCUGCCGGGCUUCCUGUUCCAGUUCAUGCCGUUCAUGCAGAAGUACAAGAUUCAGCAGGAUAAACCAGAGACGUGGGAGAAGCAGUGGAAGUGCUUUAAGAUGCUCCUCUUUAAUCACUUCUGCAUCCAGCUGCCUAUGAUCUGCGGGACGUACUACUUCACCGAGUUCUUCGGCAUCCCGUACGACUGGGAAUCCAUGCCCCGCUGGCCGUAUCUGUUGGCUCAGUGUUUCGGCUGUGCGGUGAUCGAGGACACCUGGCACUACUUCCUCCACCGAGCCCUGCACCACCGCCGGGUCUACAAAUACAUCCACAAAGUCCACCACGACUUCACCUCUCCGUUCGGGAUGCAGGCGGAAUACGCUCACCCCUUGGAGACGAUAAUUCUGGGGGCGGGGUUCUUCAUCGGGAUCAUGGUGUUCUGUAAUCACAUGGCUCUGCUUUGGGCCUGGGUCACCUUCCGCCUGCUGGAGACCAUCGACGUGCACAGUGGGUACGAUAUCCCUCUGAACCCAUUGCACCUGAUCCCGUUCUACGCCGGCGCUCGCUUCCACGACUUCCACCACAUGAACUUCGUGGGAAACUACGGCUCGACGUUCACUUGGUGGGAUCGGCUCUUUAACACCGACUCCCAGUUCAACAGCUACACUGACAAACAGAACCUGAAGAAGGACCAGUAACACACCAGUGCAAACACACACACACACACAUACUUGCUAAUGUGUUUGAAACGGGACCAGGACUGAACAGGACUGUCAGUGUGUCAGGACCAGCAUCCUGAACUUCACCCAGCGUGCCUUUUAAAGAAAAAGACAAACACUCACAAUCAAGCUUACACUUACUGUACACUAUAUACAGCCAUGGCCAUAACUAACGGGACCCCAUCACUUUUUUUUCUGAAAUGGUUGGAAUUACAAAUCUACUUUAACUUACUGGGGACAUGGUUUCAGUCCCUGUUCACUGUAACUGUAUGAGGGUCCCUCCAGGUGCUCUAGUUUUCUCUCACCUCCCAAAUAUAGGGUAGUUUUCAAAGGCGCAACAAAUUAUAGGGCCCAUUAUGCGACAGUAGUAAGGAAAGGGGUGUUGCCAUGUUUUAAGCUAAGUAAACAAAACCAUAAUUCUUAGUUAAGUCAAACAAGAACUGGAUGUUAGUCUACACAGAUUUCUCUUCUGAAAACUUUAUUUGGGUGUGUAAAGCACUUCCGUUUAUUUACAGUAACCUUGCAUUUCCAGAUUUUCACUAAGGCUGGGUGCAUCAGCAAUACCAUUAGCAUUAGUGGCUAACCGCAAGUGCUAGCCGCUGUAAGCACUAGUAACUGCUGCCCGACAGAGCUACACAGAGGAACCCUGAGUGUUCCGGUAAGCCAGGGCGAUGUUACCUAGUGGUUUGUCCUAUAUAGCUUGUUUUAACAUGGUAAACACAGACUGUAGGCCAAUAUACUCGUCUCUGAACGGCAAAAGCGGCUAAUGCUAAUGCUGUUCCAGCAGUGCUGGCCAGGGAUAGCAGCAAGCUACAUGGCAAUAUACUUGCCUCUGAAUGACUUAGCUGAAAGAGCUAGGGUUUAGCACAGUUAGCGGCUAAUGCUAAUACUGCUCCAGCUUUGGUGCUGGAGAACUAAACUGAAUCUCCUGUAUAAUGCUGUACUUCAGUGAAGUGGCUUUACUGCUCUUUAUAACCUGACUGGUAAAAUUUAUACAUAAGACACACCGAAUUAUAAGACGCACUGACGAUUUUGGGGAAAAUUAAAGGAUUUAUGGUGCGCCUUAUAGUGCAAAAAAUACGGUACUCAUAGUAUAUGAUUCAGUCAUGCUUUACUGCCCCCUAGAUGUGAGAGUGAGGUAUCUGUGAGGUAUCUAUCCCUGUCUGUGCCUUAGUUUCAGGUAGGAUUUGGACGAACCAGCACUACCAUUUCUUUAGUUUUUUUCUUUUUUUUGUCAUACUUAAAUUUUUCGGUAAAAGAUGUAUCAGACGAAAAACAGUAUUUGCCCCUAAACCAAAUGACUUGGUUGCAACUGCAAUCGAUGCAAUUAUCAUGAUGUUUCUUUUGUGUUUGUUUGGUUUUUCUUUUGCCUCGGAACUCUUCCAUGAAUACCAUACCAUAUUAUUAUUAUUAUUAUUAUUUUUAUUAUUAUUAUUAUUAUUGAAUUCUUAACACUGACCUUAAUUGAGGCGAGUGAGACCUGCAGUUCUUUAAAUGUUGUUCUGGGUUUUUUUUGUAUGUGACCUCCUGGAUGAGUUGUUCAUGCCCUUUUGGAGUAAUUUCAGUCGGCCGGUCACUCCUGGGAAGGUUCACCAGUGUUCCAUGUUUUCUCCGUUUGCUCUCACUGUGGUUCUCUGGAGUCCCAGAGCUUUAGAAAUGACUUUAUAACCUUUUCCAGACUGAUGGAUUUCACCUCUGUUGUUCUUUGAGAUUUUUAUCGGCUUCAUGUUGUCAACACAGGUUCUAUUUAAGUGAUUUCUUGAUUCUACAGGAUUUAAAAAUUUUCAGGAUCAAAAAUUGGUUUAAUCACAGUUAAUUUAUGGGGACCCAGGUUGGUUUGGAUAGAUUUUUUUCGUUUAAUCAACUGAAUCUUCAUUUUUAGUCAGGUUAUCUUUGUCUGAUAUUAAAGUUUGAAAAAUGUAAGUAUGACCAAAAAUGUAUCAUGGCUACGGUUGACUGGAGUCCUUAGUUAGGAAGGUCAGAACAUCAGAAUGCAGCUCUCAGAUCAGUAGAAGCUAACAGUCAAACGUUUUAGCCGCGAUGCUAACCGUUUGUUUGAUAUGAUAUAUGAGUAUGAUGUUGGUACAUUACUCUGCUCUUCCGUUUUUUUAUUCGCCAUUUCAUUCGCCUCAAGGAAGACGAUAAAUAAUCAGCGUUAAUUUUACGUGUUAUUUUAUUUUUUUUGAUUAUUAAUAUUUAAUUAUUUCUUACCAUUUUAGAAGAUAAGUGCCUACCUAUUUAUGUAUUGUUCCAAUGGAAACAAAACUAAAACUUCUAUAAACAUGCGAGGGGUUCCGAUACUUUUGGCCAUGACUGUGCACUGCUGUGUGGUUGCUUUGCUGUAUCGAUACUUUAGUUGUAUGACAUAAACCAGGCUGUUGUGAUCUGAAGGAGCUGCUAAGAUGGCUUUUCCUUCAGUGUUAAUAAUCAAUAAUGCAGCUGUAAAAGCUCUAAAACUGUAAUAAUGACGUCAUCAUUCCCCAGAGCACUUUACUACAUUUUCUUUGUAUCAAAAGUUUUGCCUGUUUAAAGUUGUUGUAUUGAAGAUUUUCCUCUGAACUUCUGGACUUUCUGGAAUAUUGCUUGCAGAUGCUGUAACUGCUGUAGAGAAAUACAUAUAUAAUACAUAUAUAUAUAAUGUGUUAAAAGAUUUUAAUUUUUUAAGAAAACAAAAUGUUUACUCUUUUUGAAGUGUGGCAGCAUACGCGGUGUGUUAUCUUUAGAAUAUAUUAAAUUGCAUAACAUCUGACUGAAUAAACUGGCCAGAAAUGUUGGA